AUGGGGCUCUUGGAUGCUGAGGCGGCGGCGGCGGCGGAGACGCGAUCGGCGACGGUGGCGACGCGGUGGCGGUUCGCUCGCCUAAUCAGUGGCCCUGCUGUUUGCAGAAGGCCGUGUGGACUAUACCCAGGUUGGUGGGCGGAGGCGGCCAUAGCGGGCAGCACCAUCGAUCUUCUGCGCAUGCGAGAUACACCGGUGACGCGAAAAUUGAACUGCGCAUGCGAAGAAGAUAGUUGUUGUGUUACAAUUCAUUAG